UCUGGCAGCUGGGCAUCGAGAUGCGGCCCUUUUUUAACAGGAAGUCGCUCUGGGCGUACCCCGUCUUUGGCGGCGUCGGCGCGAGCUUCGGGUACUGGCUGCAGGGCGUGGACGAGCGGCAGACAAAGAUGCUGGAGGAGCGGAAGCAGGCCAUCCUGGAGAAGCGGGCGCGGAGGGCCGGGCGGGAGGCCAGCGCUGCUGCGGCUGCACCGACCGAGGUUGUUGCGUGAAAUUGAUUACGCGACCACGGAGAGUGAUAUGGAAGGAAGGGAGCCUAGGGAUGGUCUGUUAUGCGGGAGCUGAUGCAAGAUGGGAAAGAGGGAGGAGAAGAUGGGGAGAAACUACGGUUCCUGGCUGUCAGGGGUUGGAACAUGGAGCAAACUGAGGUUGGCGAGCUAGAUUCAGUGUACGAGAUUAUUAUUUUUUUUAUCCCCUAGAGAUGGCCGCCCUGCUGGUUGGAUUCCAAAGGCCGGAAAUGCAAUGCGCACCGACAACAAAUCCUCGAGAUUACCUAGAACCUCGAAAUGAGCUCAAUCAGAUAGCUACUGUGCCUCCUCCAC